AUGCAGUUCCGAGUACCCCCCGACAACACCACCACCAUCCCCGUGAACAACCAUGCCCAGCCAGGUGAAAACCCCAACACCACGCGCGUCCAAGUCGAAGUCGGAGACCGCGUCGCAACAUCCCUCAUCCUCGACACAGACCGCAUCAUCGUUACAUUCGACUGCAACACCGUCAAAGUCUACAGCGCACUCACAGGCGCUCUCCUCCAAACCCUUGACGGUCAUCAAGGCGGAGUUUGGGCCUCUGCUCUUUACAACAGCAAUACGCUCGUAACCGCAGCGACUGAUCGUACUCUCCGUGUUUGGGACCUUGAGAAAGGUGUCUGUACACACGUCUUCCGAAUCCAUACCUCGACCGUCCGGGCAGCCACCAUUGUCGUCCCUAUCAACAUCAACCGACACAAUCCUCAAUUGACUCCCAAGUAUGAGCCCGAGUUUCCUACCAUCAUCGCCGGGUCCAGGGAUUCCACCCUCUCAGUCUGGCGACUGCCCGUCCAAGAACUCAAUGGCCACCUGUCUGCAACCGAGACUGAGAACUGGCUCUUGCACCGAUUGGAGGGUCAUACCCAGGAAAUCCGUGAAGUGGCGGCGGAAGGCAACCUGGUGGUCUCGGCAUCCUAUGAUUCCACCGCUCGAAUCUGGAACUCGCACACUGGAGAGUUGGUUCAUACUCUUGUUGGACACCAGGACAAGCUCUACCAAGUUGUCUUGGAUACCGCCAAUCGCCAGUGUUUUACUGCUGGUUUGGAUGCCACUAUUCGCGUUUGGUCGCUCAACACCGGUUCUUGUUUCCACACCCUCACCGGACAUGCGUGGAUAGUGGGGCUGUUGAGAUUAAACGACAACCUCCUAGUCUCGGCAUCUGGAGACGGGACCGUCAAAGUCUGGGACCCAACCACCGCAAACCUCCUCCACACCUUUGGAAACCAUUUCCCAGGAACCGGUCCAACCAUCUUGGCAAUUCAACACGAUGACAAGAAACUCAUCACGGGUGCGUUUGGUCUCGUCCAGACUUGGGAUAUCAGGACAGGAGAACUCUUGGAUCAGAUGAGAGGAGUUGAUUCUGUCUGGCAGGUUGCAUUUGAUCGUCGACGGCGGGUUGUGGCGUUCAACCACAAGGGACAGUCUGCCCAUGGUCAGCAUGCGAUGACUUACCUUGAGAUUCUGGACUAUGGCGUUGACGAGGCAACUCAAGAGACCCAAGUUUGA